AUGAUUGGUUUUAUAUUCGUUCAAGAUUGUGGGGACACGGCCAGUAACGGAACACUUUUACCAGAACAGUUAACAUCCAGCAGGCCAAAUGUAACCUUUGGACAAUGCGAAAAAACAGUUAACUGGUAUGCAAAUGUGUCUUGGAAUCCAGUAAAAGGUGCGUACCCAGCUCAAUUUCUUUGUCUUUCACUACAUUUACGGUAGUGAACAUAAACAUGACUCACUUCCUCUAGAUACCAAAAAAUUUAUGUGUUUGAGUAUCGGCAUUUUCUCAGCUUUCCCCACGAAAAGUUAUGGCCGAAAUUGGUUUCUUGAACCUUGGGUCACCCAUUGUUUAGGUUUCAGCCGGUGUUUGUCCUUGCUCAGAAGAUUUAGUCUAGAGAAAUUUAUUUCUCUUGUUCGCCGUCUACACGCCAUAUUCCAAUUCGGCCUGGAAUUAACAUUAACGUUUGAUGUUCUUUUUCUAGUAAUUUACUAUAAUACGUACGUACUCACUGUGAAAAAAAAGGUUCUUGACCUUAAUCUAAUCGUUCUAGAAUCUAACAGUCUCCGAUCUAUUUUGCGUUGCAUUGAUAGAUCCCGAUGGCGUCUUUAAAGGCUGCCUGGUUAAUUUAGGGUUCGGUUCCCGGCUAGGUAUACUUUGCUCUGUGUUGCCCAAGGUAAGAGAACGUGUGAUUCCUUCGAUCUCUUUUACAGCUACUCGCAGUAGUGGUUUGAUUGAUUGGUUACUGGGGCCAUACCUCACGAAUCGUGGUCCUCUCAGUCCGCUGCCUUGGGCUUCUUCCCCAUGGCUGGUCCAAGGUUGAGGAAAUCUUUAAAUACUGAGCAAAAAAUAUGCUAGUAUAUUAUAUUCGCAGGAAUACCUUCACUGUACCUCUCAUUGGGAGAGUAAAAUGUAGUGUGAACUGCUAUUACUGUUAAAACUUCUCAAAAUGUCUAAGAUACUGGUUUCCUUGUAUUUUGGUUUUGCACCAUUUAAAGUAGCAGACGUAUCACUCAAAAGCCUUUACACCCUAACAUCAGCAUGCAUAUUCUCCAUACUGUUCUCUACACAUUUUUUAAUGUACUGACUAGGAUAAUUUGGUUUACAAUCAAGAGCUGUAGUUGGUGAUCAUUUCAUUCAUUCUCCUGAUCUUAAUGGUUGAUUCAGGAAUGACAUUGUAAGGAGAAGUUAGUUGCUGAUCACUCUUAGGGUUCAAAGAGUUAAAAGGGGCUAAUGUUACUGACUUUGGCCUAACUAUCUCCUGCUAUUAUUUUUUUGUUUAAUUUUUUUUUUUUGCUGGUCACUCUUAGGGUUCAAAGAGUUAAAAGGGGCUAAUGUUACUGACUUUGGCCUAACUAUCUCCUGCUAUUAUUUUCUCUGUAAAACUCUCAUUAUGGCUAUACUUACCCGGAAAAUAUUUAUCUAUUGGUGAGUUAAAAAAGUUUAAUAAUUUGAUGUUUUUUAUAACCGUAGUCCUUCCGAAGUCGACUCUUGGCGUCCCUUGGAAGAAAAACUGUGCCAACAUGUAGAAAAAUUAAUGCCAUUAUUCACUUAUUUAUUCAUUUAUUUUCUUUCUUGUUGGAGAUUCGAAGCAUAGCCUCCAAUGUGAGCGAUCAUGAGAUGGAAAGCUUUGUUAACGACGUAAGAAGUAGGUAUAGUUUAUUGCAAUUAUUACAAUCCCUACUUUAUGGCAGUGAUUUUGUUACAGUGUUGAUCUAAUAUUUGCAUCUUGAUUUUUCGUUGCAGUACCAACGUCAACAUCACCAUCAACACCACAAACAACAAUGGCAGAAAUAACUGCAAAAACGACGGUAAAAAUAUCAACAACCGCUAAAGCACCAACAAGGGAGACAACAUCGAUAGGUGAGACGGAUUACUUAGUAGUCAAGAUCCAUUUAAAAUAAUUUUCUUUGAAUAAAUAGAGUAAUGGCACGGACGAAAUAUGUUUUGUCGUCUUUGCAUGAGUGUGGUACGAAGGAGAAAAUCUGAGACCUUAUAAGACCUAUAUAUAAUUUUAAUUUUAUUUAAAUUAGCCUGAACAAUAUGGAAUAAUGUUGUUUAAUCGAGAGCUAUUUUUCUAUCAAUUGCCAUGGAAAAUUAGUGGAGUAUGGAGCUCUAUAAAUGCAUUUGAAUUUGCAUUAACUUAAUGUGGAAUAGAACUGAUAUUUAGAUUCCACGGUCUAAUGCUUGUUACUGAGGCGCGGAGAGCUCUCUGCUAAACUAAGCAAAAACUUAGUUUGUUGUGCCACGUUCGAGAUGAGACCAAAAAAAAUUUUGUCUUCACAUGAUCGUGUAGUAUGGCUGAGUACAUUUACCCGUAGCUUGUAUUUUGACCAGCCCGUAGGGCUGGUCAAAAUACGGCACAGCUCGUAGAAAUACUCAGCGAUACUACACACCCAAACGUCUAAUAAGAUAUAUUCAUUCAGGUGUAAACAAAACCAUCCAGUAUGUGUUCAUUUCCGUUGGCUUAGCGGCUACUGGUAUCCGGUUGGCAAUAAUGGCUUAUAUCUUAGCUAGAAAGUUCCUUUUGUGGCGCAGAAGGGCGAAAGAUCAAG